AGCGCCCCCCGCCUCCGGCCGAGCGGCAAACCGAGAAGUUACCUCCAGUUACUCCGCGUGAGACCCCGCACGAGCAGCGGCAGAGUGAGGACCGACCGGGAGAAAAGAAGCUCACCGAGUAAUGUCAGUAUCAACAACACCCGGUACAGAGAGUGUCGGGCGCCGGUAGUCGUUUAGUGUCGUGAAGAGGAGGACUUCCUCGUUGCUUUGCUUUCUCUUCGAACCGGCAGCCGACAACCGUUGAAAGUCAAGAUGCCUCAGAAACAGAAGUCCAAGUCCUGGACAGAGUUGAAACAAUCUGGAAAUGAAAAUUUCAAGGCGGGCCAGUACGGAGAGGCCACCAAUCUUUACAGCCAGGCGAUCAAAGAGCUGGAGAAGUCCAAUAAAAAGAACCCAGAGGAUUUGGGCAUUUUGUACUCAAACCGUGCUGCAAGCUACCUGAAAGAUGGCAAUUGUGCAGAAUGUGUGAAAGACUGCAACAUGUCUCUGGAGUUAUUCCCGUUCAAUGUGAAGUCUCUGCUGCGUCGUGCUGCUGCGUACGAAGCUCUGGAGCGUUACAGGCUGGCCUACGUAGACUACAAGACUUCACUGCAGAUCGACUGCAACAUAGCAGCUGCUCACGACGGCACCAACAGGAUGACGAAGGCGCUCACAGAGGCAGACGGACUGGCAUGGAGAGAAAAGCUUCCUCCCAUCCCCACCGUGCCUCUGUCUGUCAGAGAGAAACUCGCCCAGAAAACUACCGCCAACGCUGCACAACCGAACCCCGCACCCAAACAGAACAGCGCCAGACAAACAAACAAGCCUGCUCCAAGUGAUAAAGACAUAAAGAAAGGCCUCGCCCUGAAAGAGGAAGGCAACGCCCUGGUGAAGAAAGGAGAGCACAAGAAGGCCAUAGAGAAGUACAGCCAGAGCCUCAAACACAACCCCACUGAGAUCACAACCUACACCAACAGGGCGCUGUGUUACCUGUCAGUGAAGCAGUACAGAGACGCCGUCAGAGACUGUGACGAGGCUCUGAUGAUUGACAGCAGCAACGUCAAGGCUCUCUACAGGAGGGCUCAGGCUCACAAGGAGCUCAAGGACAUCAAAGCCUGUGAGGACGACCUGAACAGCCUGCUCAAAGUGGAACCAAAGAACUCUGCGGCCCUGAAGCUGCUGCAGGAGGUGCAGAAGAAGAAGUGACGACACAUCAGGGACUCCGGAGACGGCGGUAAGGAUCUGUCACUGCACCACGUACAGAACGGAACGGAAGACUAAUCACUGGUGUUUUCAUAAGAAAAAAAAACAACAACAAAAAAAAACAGCCGAGCAGUGACACGAUUCAGCCGCUUUGAGUCAAAGACUCGACCUGUGUUUCCCAAAAGCUCCAUUCACACCGAACACGUAUUCGAUCUAUUUCCUCUCACUGGAACAAACGUGAGCUUGGUCUCGAGGUGCUUCUGGAAAACGCAGCUCUGGUUGACGAGGCUGCGUCAGGAAGAAGCCUCGGCCAUAUUUGUAUACUACAAUUUUAAGUGUCGGUUUAAAGUCACUUAGUAUUUAUGGUUAUUUAUAAGAUCUGAAAUUAUUGACAUGCAUCAUAAUUCUGUUUGAGAAUAAGCCUUUAUCAUCAUCAUUUGUAAAGUUCAGCUGGCGAUUUUUUUGAGCUCUCACACAUCUUGCCUCGAUGUCAUCUUUGGAUGGAAUUUAAAAAUUUAAAACACCAAAUUUGGGAAGAAGUGACCAUUAACAACCACCUGGUGUCUCAUGUGAUCCAGUUUCACUCUCUGAUGACAUUUAAGGCGUCAAAAUGCUCCAAUAUCAGAAAGCUUUUAUUACCUGAAAAGGUAGGUGGUCUGGUGAUAUGUGAUAGUAAAUAUUGAUCAACAUGCAUUAAUACAAUAAGGGUUAGAAAAAUCAGUUGAUUAAGGAUAAUGCAACCAAGUACAUUGUUAUUACUUUAAAUAAUAUUGUAUUUUAGGCACCUUACAUUGCAAUUUUGCACCAAAGGUGCUAUAUAAAUAAAGUUUGAAGUUUUUUUUCAGCAAACUUGAUAACAGUUGACAUAUUUACAUCGUCUCACAUUAUGUACCAUCGUAUUUAGUGACUCAGGUUCUUAUUGCAGUCGAUCUAAUUGUUUGUUCUAAUAAACAAAUGUCAGAAAACAUGCCAAUAGCAAUAUCCUGGAAACUCAAGGUAACAUUUUAAUUUUAUUUUUUUUUUGCAGCCCAAAAAUAGAAAUUUUUGUUUGAAAUAAAUCAAAUAAAGGCAGCAGAUUGAGCAGCUAGAACCAGAGACUCCUGAGAUUUUGGCUUGCAAAAUAAAUUCAUUGACCAUUAGUCAAAAAAAUUCCAGAUUGAUGUUUUGUAUGUUGAGUAACUGUUACAACUCCGCCCCCGUUGUUUAAGUUAAUACUGAAAACAAUUUCAGAAUCAGACUGGCCGACCCAUCUAAACAGACUGUGUCUUGAGGUGGACACAUGUCUCCACUUUCUCACACUGUCCAAAAAUGAAGCCAAAAUAUCGCGGAGCUGGCCGGUGACAUCAUUUAGACCAAGACCUGGUAUAUGGCUAUAAAUGGGUUUAAAGGGCUUUAAUUUGCGAGGAGGAUUUUUAAUUGGAACAGGAAGUGAUCUGCAGUCACAGACUUUCAUUCGCUUUGACUUUGGCUUUACCGAGCUGUCCAUGAGCCGUCUCCGCUGUUGCAUUUCAGCCCAAAAAUUCACGUGAACACGCUUUAAAAUGAGGUGAUCGUCUCUUUCUUCUGUCCAGAACUGCAACUUAGAUGCUAGUUUGCCAUUAGGCUUGUUAAUUUCACCAUGAUAUUAUGUUAGGCUGGUUAGAAAAAAUUAGGAAUACAGUCACUAAACUUCAUCACUUGCUCACAGACAGACUUUUGCGUUAAUAGGGCUAGCCUUUCAUGCUGCGGUCCAGACAAAAAUGAAGCCAAAAUAUCACAUCAAUAUCACCGAUAUGGCCGCUGCCAUCUUGGGGACGUCAUUUAAGAGUGGAUGAUAAAAAGAUCUGUCAUGUCGUAUAUUGAGACACAGCUGACGGUAACUAACGGCUACAAAUUUGGAGCCAGAGUCUGCUCAGUUAUGUCUCCACAAUAUCCACUUCCUCUCUGUCCUACCAAUAGCAAGCACACCAAUAUGCACACACAUCUGUCAGUCAUGUCGUCAAAACCUUUUUAUAGCUCAGAAUAACUAAUAAAAACUGAUCAGAAAAGCAAACACUUGAACAUCAGGGUGAUAAGACCUACCUAAAACCAUAGAAACCAUAUUUGGGAUCAAUUUAUUCGAUGUUUCGGCUUUAUUUUUGGGGUGCUGGCGUGUCGUCUACCUUUACAUACAGUCCAUGAUGUAAACAUCGGUGAUCAUAAAGGUUUAUUCUGUAUUUCAAUCACAAGUUAACGACCAUUUUUAUGUAAUGUUCCACACUCAGGUAGUUAACUUAUUUUAUCCUAUAUUUGGGUUUUUUGAGGCUUUUGAGUGUGUGUGAGUGUUUGUCUUUCUCAGUG